UGCCAUCUCCUUCGCCGCAACCUAUCAAGAUGCCACCCAAGAAGCCAGAACCCAAGAAGGCAGAACCCAAGAAAGAAGAGCCAAAGGCGGCCCCCAAGGCGGCUCCCCCACCAGAACCGGAGCCCCGCAAGGAAGUUGAAUUUAACCCGGCUAACAUCAAGCUUGAAUUCAACAACGAGCAACUUCAAGAUUUUAAGGAGGUUUUCCAGAUCUUUGACAGAACUCCGAAGAACGAGAUGAAAAUCACCUAUGCGCAGUGCGGCGACGUCUUGAGGGCUUGUGGGCAGAACCCAACCCAGGCAGAAGUUCUGAAGGUUCUUGGCCGGCCGAAACCAGAAGAGAUGAACAGCAAAAUGAUCGACUUUGACACCUUCCUGCCUAUGCUGCAACACAUGGCUAAGACCAAAGACACCGGGACCUUCGAGGAUUUCGUGGAAGGCCUGCGAGUUUUCGACAAGGAAGGGAACGGCACUGUCAUGGGGGCCGAACUCCGCCACGUUUUGGCGACUCUCGGGGAGAGGCUGACCGAAGAGGAGGUUGACAAGCUCAUGGCUGGCCAAGAGGAUUCGAAUGGCUGCAUCAACUAUGAAGCUUUUGUGAAGCACAUCAUGGCAAGCUGAACUCCAGG